AUGGGCAGCCUUGCAGUUGGGCGGGAGUCUCAAGGCGCUAUUUCCGCGGCCGCCUUCGUGAUGCCAGAUGGCCAGCAACAUGUGCCACACGUGCCUGCGAAUGGCAUUGGUGCCUUUCACGCCCUGCUCGACCUCGAUGACAUGUCUGUCGACCGCAGCUUCUUCAUGCCCCUGUCUCUCCUGGAGCCAAAGGCUAGUCCGGCAGGGUGUCCGGCAGGGUGUUCUGGCUGUCCGCCAGGGGAUUCGACCCCGUUCACUGGGGCAGCGACACCGUCACCGACUCCGCCAGAUCACCAUGUUCGCCAGCGCCUAGAACAGCUAGACGAUGAGCCCCUUGUUGAACCAUGGACAUACGUUCCCCAGACACCUCUGUCGAUAGACAACAGGAGUCCGCGAGAUUUUGCCUUCCACCUUCCCUUCAGGUUUCUCCCAAACGCAAAGCACGACCAAAACACCAACAUCGGCACUUUCCUCGACGACUCUUCAUAUCCCUAUACCGGCAGUAGCGAGCGCCAUCAUCUACCCGACCUGGGCCUAGACGAGUUCGGUCCAUUUCACGUUGACGUCGAUCUUCCAAGGAGUCCUGUCUACCGCUCAUUCUACUUGUCUCCCUCAACUUCGACAACCAGUCUCGCCUCCGAACCUUGCACAUAUCACCAUUAUUUCGAUAAUUCCAGCACCAGCUUCUCGAGCAUCAAACACGGUGCCAUAAUGCCUGACCCUACGGCUGUGGCUUCGGCUGAUGGGGCUGGGCCCUCUGGCCGGCCUAACUUUGCUGCCAAAACCAUCGCUCAACGGCGGCAGCGGCCGCAUUCGGCUCACAGCGAGCAGCUGGCCCGACUUCCCAGUCCGUUCUUCUCUCUGUGGACAAAACGACAUCAUCAUCAGCAUAUGGACCAUAACGGCAAGCCACAGCAGCCGUUCGAGUAUCCAGGACAUGGUUUCACGGACACCAAGCCGACGACACACAAGCGAUUUACCCAUUCCAGAUCUAGCAGCAUUGGGACACGACAAAGUCAGGCCAAUGCGGUUCCACAGAUGACCCGGGAAGAGUUUGAGGCUCUGCCAUUGGCAAUACAGCGCAAGGUUCAUGUCCAAUUAGAAGCCUCCUCACCUUUACUUCUGUCUGGCGAUGACACCCACCCGCGCGCACCACCAUCAGAGCAUCACAGCCGCCCCGUUAGUGAUUGGGGAAGUGGGGAGCUAGCGCCUCGAGGCCUCUUCGCUGAGCGCUUCUCGCGCCUCAGUAAGCAAUUGAGAUUUUGCUUCUUUGAGGCUUCUCAUGCCACAUUGGUUGACGAGCAAGUGCCUGUCAGCAAGGGCAAAUCUCGGGAUCCUAUCUCAAUUCACUUCCGCACACUUGCAGCUUCAUUUGACUCUCCAGCAUGCAGGUCCAACGCCUGCCAGCUACGCUUUGCUCGGGAGUCUUACCUCAUCGACGGCAUCACACGACACUACGACGAGAUAUCCAACUUCAAACGCCAAAAGGGUCACAAACAGCAAAGUCGCUCGGAGCAAAUUGUCAGUCGUAACGGGCGGGGACCAUUAGGAGGAGAACCGAGCCUGCCAUCUCCUGUUCUCGAAGUACCACAGUCACCUCUCGACAACAUGCGGCAACAAGAGUUAACCCGGGAAGAGCAGGUUGCUCUUGCAAGGCGUCUCCGUGCCAGCGUCAUUCUGGACGCAGCAGACGAGGCUAUUUACAAGAUGAACAGGAGGACCAGUGGCCACCCAAGUGUGAAUAGGGAGGGCCUCAUGUCGUCGCAUUCAUCUCUGCAAACUACGACGGAGCCCAGAGACGGCGUCCAAAGCCGUGCUGAGCAACCCAUCAGCCAAGAACUACCUCAGUCGUUUUAUGAUAGCUUUCGAUGGAUCGACGAAGAAGACGACCUGGACUUGCGUCUUUUCCUAGACGAUUACCAUAAAAACCUGAGGGAUAGCCUUCCAUCUCCAAAACAAACGCGACCGUCUUUCCGCAGGCAAAUGUCUGUAUCCAAGCGUCCAUUCGGCCUAUCAUCCAUGCCUACCCCGACGAGCAGACCAGGAAGCCAUAAUGACCUGGCAACCGGGUCGCCAGCACCUACCUCGGCAGGUAGUGUCGCUAACUCGGACGGACACACAAACCGGAAGGCGCGCACUCUAUCGCUCAUCACACCAAAGCACAGCUCACACGAAUCGGUCUUCGACCCAUCUGCAGCCCAUUAUCAAGAUCCUGAAGCUCGACUGAAACUACGCGUUUAUCUUGCCUCUCCUCAGAAGUUCGAUGAGGCCAUCGAGUUUGGCUUCCCCUCUACGGACGCGCUCGGCGCAGGGCCUAUAAUCCGUACAGAAUUCAUGGAGACGCCCCUUGGCCCUGGUCGAAGGAAGGUUCAGUCGACGCAAAAAGGAGAAGAUACCUGGGCCAUGGGUACAUUCUUGGCUGAUGACGACGACGAGCAUGUCUCUCUCAACAGCGAUCAGCCAUCACUUGCGGAUCCGGAGUCGCCCAAAACACCCCAAGCAUUCGAAAGCAGACCCCAUCCUCAACGCGCUACGUCGAGUGAUCCGACGUUUCUAAGAGACGGAUGCGGCAUGUUUGCGGAGGGAGCUGGCGGAUAUGCUCAGGCGCCCGCAAAUUCCCGCGAAAUGACACUGCGCAUGACGCUGACACGUCCCGAUUUGCGGGCGCACGAGAACGAGAUCUACGGAUGGCAGCAAAAGCCCGUGUACCGGAAUACCCGCAAGUCAAUGUCCUUGGGUGGAUUCGAGAACAAGGGCAUGUUUUACGGGGAACCAAUACUCAACGAAAGCUUGGAAAACCAGGCAAGCACCACCUCGGAGAAGGGCGUCAUGAAGCGAAUCUGGAAGCGGGUUCGACGGACGUGA